AUGGAACGCAAGGAACAACCCCGCUCUCUUGCCGACGAAUCGCAACUCGCCGUUGAAGAAGCAUCCAUCAAAGAGUCCAGAGACAUGCUGUUUAGCCUGCGUUUGCUGCCCACCCCUCCCGAAUCGGUUACUCAAAACGACUUCUGGCGCAGACCCAGUUUGGCAGGCCAGGCCAAGCCUGGCGAUGCAGCGAGCACCACAAAUGCAACGCAAACCAGCGAGCUGCAAGCCUGCACUCGAUCUGCGGCUGCUGGCUGGCCUCCUCUCUCCACACUUCCACAGGACUAUUGCGACCUCAGCAUGCAGGCGAAAGUAUCCCACGGUGCGCCCAGAGAGGCCAGCAAUGCCAUCCUUGGAUCCAUCUUCACAACCCAGCCAUUGCCUGCGACGGGCCAAGCACACGGAAAGCAAAAGCAUAGCUAG